UGGCCGGGAGCAAAGCGGGCGAGGAUACAGACGCUUUGUCAGGGCCCAGAAAAGACGGAGAGAUGAAUGUUGGUGUGUGUGUGUGUGUGCGCGCGCGUGUGUGUGUGUGUGUGUGAGGAAGAUCUGAAGAUGAGGAUGAAGGAUUAAAGGCUGGAUUUUCUGGGCGGACUGGUCAGUAAUGGAUGCUGCCUUGUGAACACGACACACGGCCCUUUGGGAAGCUGAAGAAUCAUCGGCAAGAAGAGGAGAGUUGUGGACGAUUGCAACACUUCAGCCAUGUGGGGGCAAAGCCAGAUGAGUUUCACCAUCGCACACCUCAAGCCGGAACAUUUCUUGCACUGACCAACGCUGAACGGUGUCGGCCUUCCCUGCAGAGCUUUCCCCCCGGGGCGCCCCUGCUAUGAGCCCCAGAUCCCUCGGCUUCAGCAGGCAGUCCAUCCUCAGUGCCAGGCACUGUGUGGGCAUCCCACCAGUCUGGGUUUUGCCCACACAGGACACAGACUGCCCCUGAGCAAAAAGAAUGAAACGCUCUUAAGUCACUCGCUGGUUGUGACGUCGUACCCACCUCCUCUCCGCCGCAGUUACCGUAACCCCUUCUUUGCAAUUUGCUCCCUCGUCCGGCGGCAGCACGAGUUCCUUUGCGCUCACCACGUGGUGGAGGACCAUGGGAUGCCGACAGAGCUCGGAGGAGAAGGAAGCGGCUCGGCGCUCGCGGCGGAUCGACCGCCACCUGCGCUCCGAAAGCCAGCGACAGAGGCGUGAGAUCAAGUUAUUGCUGCUGGGCACCAGCAACUCUGGCAAGAGCACCAUCGUCAAGCAGAUGAAGAUCAUCCACAGCGGCGGCUUCAACCUGGAAGCCUGCAAAGAAUACAAACCCCUCAUCCUGUACAACGCCAUCGACUCGCUCACCCGCAUCAUCCGUGCCCUCACCACUCUUAAGAUCGACUUUCACGACCCUGAUCGCGCCUACGACGCCGUGCAGCUCUUCGCCCUUACGGGGCCGGCGGAAAGCAAGGGCGAGAUCACUCCGGAGUUGCAGGGGGUCAUGAAACGCCUGUGGGCGGACUCCGGGGUCCAGGAGUGCUUUCAACGGUCCAACGAGUACCACUUAGAAGACAACACGGCGUAUUACCUGAACGACCUGGACCGCAUCUCCGCGGCAGAGUACAUCCCCACGGUGGAAGACAUCCUGCGGUCCCGCGAUAUGACUACUGGCAUCGUGGAGAACAAGUUCACCUUCAAGGAGCUCACCUUCAAGAUGGUGGACGUUGGCGGACAGCGAUCAGAGAGAAAGAAGUGGAUCCAUUGCUUCGAGGGCGUGACUGCAAUCAUUUUCUGUGUUGAACUGAGCGGCUAUGACCUCAAACUCUACGAGGACAACCAGACGAGCCGCAUGGCGGAGAGUCUGCGCCUGUUCGACUCCAUCUGCAACAACAACUGGUUCACCAACACGUCGCUCAUCCUCUUCCUCAACAAGAAGGACCUGCUGGCGGAGAAGAUCAAGCGCAUCCCGCUGACGCUGUGCUUCCCCGACUACAAGGGCCAGAACACCUACGAGGAGGCGGCCGUCUACGUCCAGCGGCAGUUCGAGGACCUGAACCGCAACAAGGAGACCAAGGAGAUCUACUCGCACUUCACCUGUGCCACCGACACCAGCAACAUCCAGUUUGUGUUCGACGCCGUCACGGACGUGAUCAUCCAGAACAAUCUCAAGUACAUCGGCCUGUGCUAGGACCUGGUC